AAUUUCAAGAGAGAAAAGAAUGAGUAUGAACAAUGAGAGUUUAGGAGUUAAUUCUUCCUCAAGUCUUCAUUGGGAACAGUUUCAACAGACUGUACAGAUGAUAUUUUCAUCAACAGCGAUGUGGGUUUAUCCAUCUUCAUUCUAUACUCUUAUCUUCUUCUAUUCUCUUCUUAUUGCAGCUGGAGUUACUGGGAACCUUCUGGUUUUGUACCUUCUUCUUAGAACCCCUGCACUUAGAACAGCAAGGAAUGUGUUUGUGGCCAACCUUGCUGUGUCAGAUUUCUGUCUGUGUCUCCUCACAAUGCCUCUUACAUUGGUAGAGGUAACCUACCAGAACUGGCAAUGGGGAAACAGUCCUCUACUCUGCAGUCUUCAACAACCUCUCCAGGCGCUAUUUGUUCUCAUAUCUUCGCUGUCCAUUACAGCUAUAGCUGUUGACAGGUGUUUGAUCAUCUGUUGGCCAUCUGUUGGAAGUACAGUCACCAGCAGUCCUAGUAGACUUAUACCCAUACUUUGGUUCAUUGCUAUAGGGAUAGUUUCUCCCCUAGGAAUAGUGAAAGAAUUCAGAAGUCCUGGUGAAUCCUUAAUGGAAAGCGAGCUGGAGUUCUCUUCUAUGGUGGAACGAUAUAGCAACAAGUUGGAUGUAAACCAAACAGCUCUUGAACAAAUGGAAGCUCUCUCUAGCAUCAUUAAAAGGAAUAAUGAGACGAUGGAGUACGAGUUUGAUAUGGUGGAUAAUCUGGACAAAAUCAAUCAGUUUGAGGCCCGACAUCUAGUGUUGAAUCAAAUCAACUUUAUUCUGGAUGAAAUGAAAAUGAAAAACCUGGCUCCGAGAUGUCUUGAGAAGACAUCAGAAUCUGUUCUGUCUGGAGUAAAUACAGUCAUAAUUCUAGUUGUACAGUACGUUGUGCCUGUACUUACAGUUUCAUUGGCUAACGCGGCAAUUUACACCAGAUUACAGGAUCGGAUGGGACAAUAUGCCAGUAGAACAGCCACUGAACAGAGGAUUAACGAAGUCAAGAAGAUGAGAAGAACCUGUAUUCUACUAUGUUUAGAACCUGUAUUCUACUAUGUUUAGAACCUGUAUUCUACU